UGGGGUCAGUAUGGAGACGUGUAUGAGGCCCUCUGGAAGCGCUACAAUUCUAUUGUUGCUGUAAAGACACUGAAGCAAGACGUGGACUUGAAUUUAAAUGACUUUCUUGCUGAGGCCUCAAUAAUGAAGAAUCUACAGCACAAAAACCUAGUUCGACUUCUUGGCGUCUGCACUCGAGAGCCACCCUACUACAUAGUGACGGAGUACAUGCCUCAUGGGAAUCUGCUUAAUUACCUGCGUCAACGAAGUCCUGGUGAACUCACUCCGCCCAUCCUUCUCUACAUGGCUGUUCAAAUCGCCUCUGGCAUGGCCUACCUGGAAGCCAACAAUUUUAUUCACCGGUUAGUGAUCCUUUGUUGGCGACAAUUUUUGCCUCCAUAUCUGCGGUUGGAGCUCGCCAUGCUUAAUGCCUGA